UUAUUACAGCGGUGCACAGUUGAUGGCGACUAGCAGACGUUUGUGUCUAGAAAUUUCUGCGUAGGUCGCAUUCCGUGGUAGUUUUGUUUGAAAGAAAAUAACCUAAUAUAUACUAGUUGAAUAAUGGUGAGGAGCAGGAGCAGAACACCACCGCGGAGAGAGAGACGCCGUUCACGCUCAACCUCUCGAGAUCGGGAACGCACUAGGCGCAGGGAGCGCGACAGGUCUCGAUCACGAGACAGAGACAGACGGAGGUCACGCUCGCGCUCCCCCCACAGGCGCAGAUCCAGAUCUCCACGAAGACACCGCUCCUCCUCCCUGUCUCCAGCGCGACAGAAAGACAGAAGAGAUGAUGAGAGAAAAGAUGCUAAAGAGAAACCUGCAAAAGCCCAUCAGAUAUCAGCUGAGGACAUGCAAGGGAAAACUGAGGAGGAAAUCGAGAUGAUGAAAAUGAUGGGCUUUGGAUCCUUUGACAGCACAAAGGGCAAGAAGAAAGAGGGUUCUAUUGGUGCGUUUGCCGUCAACGUGUCUCAGAAGAGAAAAUACAGGCAAUACAUGAACAGGAAAGGUGGUUUCAACAGACCCUUGGAUUUCAUUGCUUGAUCGUGGGAAGUCAGGAGGCACGAUUUAACAACUUUUACUAUAGUACAGCAAAACAUGUUUAUUUUAUGCCUCAGUUUAUGUAAAUACAUGUGCAAACAGUUUUUCUUCUGUUUGAUUUUUUUUUUUUUUUCAUUCAAAGGCUUUAAUGUGUGUUUAUUUAGUGUGCAGUGAAUAAACUUCAUAGCUAAUUUUAAGAGAAUGCCAAGUUGUUAGCUGUCAAUAUAAUUUUGUGAAAACGUUCAGUAGUAAAUAAAUUCAGAACAGUUGAUGGAUGUUUUGGUUUGUUUUUGUACAUUAAAAGUGUUGUAUUUGUAUUA